AUGUCAUCUCAUGAAUUUGCUUCCUUUAGUCUUCAUAGUCAUUCUGCUUCCCCUUCUAGGGAAAUGCAUUCUGCACUAGCAACAGGUGUACUAGGAGAACAUCCACUCGUUGGUACGCCUAAUCUUAGGAACUGUCAACCUACAUCCCUCCAUGGAAAAAGGAAAAGCUUAGGCUCCCGUUCUUUUACGGCUAUGCCUGAUCUUCGUCUAUUUAACAAAAAGAAUAGAAGCUCUGCCUCUGUAUCAGUAAUUGAUGAACUAACAAAUUCUCUGGAAACUCCUUACUGUGACAAAGAGAUCUUGCCUAUGAACAAUCUUUUUGAAAAUUUCUCUCCUUUGCCUGAUCCUUACAUGGACUUUGGAAAAAAUCAACUUGUCUUGAAUGAUAUCCAUAGAGAAUUAUAUCUGCAAAAAGAAACAUCUAUCUCUGAGAAACAAUCUUCUGCACCAGCUUCUACUUCUCAAGGGAUAUAUUCCUUUGCCUUUUUCCAUGUGAUUGUCGAUACUUCUUUGGCUGCCCUCUCAUUUCUUUAUAUAGUUACAGAAAUCUCUUCUGUUCAAGAUAGAGAGUCUAACAAGUCUGCCAAAAAAAACCGUGUUCAAAGGAAAAAGGGUCACCGUCGUAGUUCUUCUGUUCUCCUAUCUAAAGAUCAGCCUUCUGGUCAAAAUCAUGGUUGUCAUAGACGUGUCAGGAAGCAGGCUCCGGCGAGGCCUCGCAGAGAUCGUCAAUGGGGUCUUUUGCAGUUUGAUGAGAUCCCUCAUGAAGCCACCACCCUUCCAGAUGUUCCUAAUUGUGAACAUUGUGGAGCUAAGAGAAUAUUUGUGUCUUAUAUAGCUAUUGAUCGAGGGAACAGCGAGGGAGAUACGGUAUCGGCUAGAGAGUAUUAUUGCUACAGAUUUCAAAUAAGAGAUGAUGAUGAAUCGAUGUUAUUGCACUGCCUUAGGCUUCUACAGCAAUUUUCUGUUGAUUCUUAUGUGAAGAUAGAGACUUCAAGGUUGGACUUCCAUAGGCAUCGACAAAAUGUAAUAAGAUUGGAGAUCCUCCAAGGAGUCUUGGACAGUGUUUCUAUUGGGCAGUCCGAAGGGUCUAAAGUUGGUUGUAAGAUUGUUCUCCCAUCCUCUUUUAUAGGUGGUCCGAGAGACAUGAGACGCCGAUAUCUUGAUGCAAUGGCGCUCGUUCAGAAAUAUGGUAAACCUGAUAUUUAUCUUACCAUGACCUGCAAUCCAGCAUGUAAAGAAAUUCAGGACAAUCUAAAGUAUCAUGAGAAGCCGCAGGAUAGACCAAAUCUUCUAGCCAGGAUUUUUAGAGCUAAAUUUGAGAUGCUUAAAUCAGAAAUUUUGAAUAAGCAAAUUUUUGGUGAGUCCAAGCUGCUUAAUCCGGAAUAUGAUAAGGUGGUGUGUGCGGAGUUACCUGAUCGUGCUCGCUACCCUCACUUAUACAAUCUUGUUGUCAAGCAUAUGAUCCACGGCCCUUGCGAAUCUAUGGAUAAAACUUGUCCUUGUAUGAGAGACGGUACCUGCAAAAGUCAUUAUCCCAAAGAUUUUUGUCCAUAUACAACUCAUGUUGAGGAUGGUUACUCACAUUAUAGAAAAAGGGAUGAUGGUAGAAAAAUAAAGGUCCGAAGGUUUACUCUCGAUAAUAGGUGGGUUGUGCCUUACAACCCGUAUCUUCUUGCUUUGUUUGAUUGCCACAUAAAUGUCGAGAUCUGUUCUACUAUAAAGCUGGUGAAAUACUUGUACAAGUAUGUGUUUAAAGGUCAUGAUCUGGUCUCCUUUAAGGUUGUAACUGAUGGCGGUCCUCCUGAUAUUGAUGAAAUUAAUGAGUUUCAAAAGGGUAGAUAUAUUUCGCCUCCCGAAACUUUUUGGCGCAUCUAUGAAUUUCAUCUAAAUGAGAUGAUUCCGUCUGUUUAUACACUCCAGGUUCACCUUCCAAAUCAGCAGUUUGUUUCCUUUGAUAAAAACUCAGAUCUCUUGCUGUUAUUAGCUAAGACUGAUUUUUCAAAAACUAUGUUAACUGACUUUUUCAAAAAGAAUGCAACGAAUGCAUCGGCUGAAAAUCUUAAAUGUUUUUAUAGAGAUUUCCCACAGCAUUUCGUUUGGACUGCUAAGUAUAAACACUGGACGGAAAGGAAACGUCGAAAAGUGAUAGGUAGACUUGUCAGUGUUAGUCCAACUGAGGGAGAGCGGUAUUAUCUACGCCUUCUCUUAACUCAUGUUCCUGGACCAACAUCGUUCGAUGAUCUCUUAACUGUGAACAACAAAAAAAUGUGCUCGUUUAGAGAUGCUGCUUUUGCACUUGGUCUGUUACAAUCUGAUUCGUUUAUAGAAGAGACACUUGAAGAAGCUAUUGCAUUUCAGAUGCCGUCUUCACUCAGGCUUUUAUUUGCCACUCUUCUGGUAUAUUGUUCUCCAACUAAUCCCAAAAUGUUAUGGGAAAAGUUUGAAUCAGAUUUCUCUAGAGAUUAUGAAAGACAACAGCAAUAUCAUCCAUGCUCUCCCGAUGAAAUUAGGGGACUUGUUCUCACUGAUAUUAACAGAUUGUUUGGGCAGAUGGGUAAAAAUAUUACUGACUACCAGUUGGUGCCACGUGAUCUUAUGAAUGCAUAUAGCACGUGCCUGACAAAGGAGGUUGAGUAUGAGAGAAACAUCAGCGUACUGCCGGAGGAUAUAUUGCUGUCUUCCAAAUUAAAUUCUGAGCAAAAAUGUGCUUAUGAUUUAAUCUUAAAAGCAUGUUUCUCUUCUCAUGGCCAUUCUUUCUUUAUUGAUGGCCUGGGAGGUACCGGUAAAACAUUUUUAUACCGGUUGCUCCUCGUUACUUUGAGAUCACAGGGUCAUAUCACCAUUGCAGUGGCGACAUCUGAAAUUGCAGCGGCUAUCCUACCUGGAGGAAGAAUUGCAUAUUCAAGAUUUAAAAUACCCCUUGAUUUUUCAAAGAGCAAAACUUGCCAACUUAGCAAGCAGGGUAGCGUUGCGAAGUUGCUCUCUGAAUCCAAAUUGAUCCUGUGGGAUGAGGCUUCAAUGGCCAGACGAGAAACUGUUGAAGCAUUUGAUGAUUUAUUGAAAGAUAUUAUGGAAUCUAGCCUGCCUUUUGGAGGCAAAGUUGUCGUCUUUAGUGGGGAUUUCCGACAAACACUGCCUGUAAUUGAGCAGUCAACAAAAGAAGUCCUUUUGCAGUCACGCUUUCUUAAUUCUCCGUUUUGGCCUGAACUUCAUAAGUUAAAGCUGUCGGGAAAUAUGCGAGCUAUAUUAGAUCCUCAGUUUUCAGAAUUCUUGUUGAGUGUGGGUGAGGGAAAGGAACCUGUUGACCUGAAUGAUUUAACUCUCUAUACUCGGGAUCCUUAUAGUAUGAUCUGUAGGUGUAUUCUUACUCCUAAAAAUAGUUCAGUUGAUGAGCUAAAUGAUAUCCUAAUUAGGAGAUUUCCUGGAAAGCUUUAUACUUAA